AUGAUCCUAUUUUUAUUAUCGUAUAGUUUUUAUAUACUUUUAUUAUUUCAACAAUCUAUCAUCAUCAAUGCAUGUCCAUCUGUAUGUCUAUGUAAUGGACCUAAUGUUGAUUGUAGUAAUCGAGGUUUACAAACAAUACCAUAUGGAAUCCCGAAAAAUAUAUUUAAAUUAGAUUUACAAUUGAACAAUUUAUCAAUAAUUCGAAAAGAUGACUUCAAAGGAUUCCGUCAACUUCGCAUAUUAAAUAUUCAAGACAACCAAAUUCAUACAAUUGAUAUUGAUGCAUUUCGAGAGUUAACAUCAUUACAAAAAUUACGUCUCAAUGGCAAUAAACUUAACCAUUUUGCAGAUGGUACAUUUAUUACACUCAAACAACUUCAACGAUUGGAUCUCAGUUCGAAUCAUUUGCGAGUUAUUAGAAGAGGCACAUUACAAGGUCUACAUGAUAUUAAUACAUUACAUCUGGAUCACAAUGAGAUCUCCUGCAUUGAACCUGAAGUAAUCAGUGAACUUAAAAGAUUAGAGAUUAUUACAUUGAAUUCAAAUAAUCUAACAACUCUACCUGUUUUACCAUUGGCACAACUAGUUGACUUGAGAGUUUUACGAUUACAUGAUAAUCAAUUCGUGUGUGACUGCCGUUUACUUUGGCUUGCAAAAUAUCUUAAAUUUUAUCCAUUUCUCGCUAUUAAUUCUCAAUGUCAAGAUACAACUGCACUAAAUGCGAAAGAUAUAACAUUGUUAGCUGAUGAUGAAAGUCAAUGCAAUCGUAUGGAUAACGAUGAGAUUGAAUAUACAUGCAAUGUAUUUGUAUGUCCAUAUCCGUGUACAUGUUUUAAUGGUGUUGUCGACUGCAAAGAUAAAGAUCUUAUUGAAAUCCCCAGAAAUAUUCCUGAUACAACCAUUGAAUUACGAUUAGAAAAAAAUCGUAUUAUGGAAAUACCACCAAAAGUCUUCUUUCAUUUGAAAAAGCUUCGUCGUUUAGAUUUGAGUAAUAAUAUCGUUUCAACAAUCUAUCCCGAUUCAUUUACUGGUUUGAAAUCACUCAAUUCACUAUUGCUAAAUGCAAAUAAGAUAGUUUGUGUUCGUGUUGAUACUUUUCGUGGAUUGGAAAAGCUAAGUUUAUUGUCUCUAUAUGACAACCAAUUGAAAACGCUUGCGAAUGGAACAUUUAGCUCAUUGAGAAAUAUUCAAACAUUACAUUUAGCUCGUAAUCCAUUUCUAUGUGAUUGUCAUAUUCGAUGGUUAAAUGCGUACUUACGUGAAAAACAAAUUGAAACAAGUGGUGUUCGUUGUGCCCGACCACGACGUAUGGCAAAACAAAAGUUUGGCGUUUUAAAAGAUCAAAGAUUUCGAUGUCAAAGUAAAGAAAUUGACUUUCUCAAAUUUUUGAAAAAUUAUCUGCUGUUUUUACUAAAUCCAUCAGAUCGAAUGCAAUAUUUACAAUCGGCGAAUAAUGCUCAAUGUGAAAUAGAAUGUCCUACGCGGUGUACAUGCGCAAGCACAGCGGUAGCAUGCCGUGGAUUACAAUUACGAGAAAUUCCUAAUGAUAUACCAAAAUUUACUACCGAACUUUAUUUACAAGAUAAUUUAAUUAAACGAAUACCACGCAAUGGCAAUUUACAACGAUUAAAAAAUCUUCGUAUACUUGAUCUACAAAAUAAUCAAUUGGAAGAAAUUGAUGAUGAUGCUUUUAAUGGAUUCGAUUCAAUGAAUCAAUUAUUUUUGAAUAACAAUAGUCUUCAUAGAAUAACAUCCCUGACAUUGAAUGGUUUAAUAAAUGUUCAAAUUCUAAAUUUAAAUGCGAAUAAAUUAACAUGUAUCAAGAAUGAUACUUUCAUCAGUAUGAAUAAACUUGAAACGUUAUCAUUGAAUAAUAAUCAAAUAAAAUAUGUUACAUCGUCACUAUUUGAUCAGCUUCGACUUUUAUCGGAAUUAAAUCUUGAGUCUAAUCCAUUGAUAUGUAAUUGUCAUAUGGAAUGGUUCAAACAAAAUAAAAUCCUUAUUGGUCAACCUGAAUGUAAAUCACUGAUAAAACUGCAUGAUAUUCCGAUUAGUAAUAUGACUGAUGGCGAGUUCGUUUGUCAUCCUACUGAAAUGGAUAUGUGUGAUGCAUCUCAGUCAAAAUUUUGUCCGCAGAAUUGCACAUGUUACGAUCAUAUUGUACGAUGUUCACACGCUCAAUUGAAACUUAUUCCAUACGAAGAAAUGCCAAUAGAUACCGAAGAACUCUAUUUAGAUUCAAAUAAUAUAGAAGAAGUGCCAAUGGAAUUAACCGAUCGUCUUACUCAUCUGUUGAGAAUUGAUUUAAGUUACAAUAAAUUACGUUCGAUACAAGGACAUUUAUUUUCAAAAUUAACACGACUGGAAACAUUAACAUUAUCGUAUAAUAAAAUUCAAUGUUUAGAUUCGAAUGCAUUUAAUGGAUUAAAAAAUUUGAGAAUGUUAUCACUUCAUGGAAAUGAAAUUUCAAUAAUAUCAGAAGGAACAUUUAAAGAUUUAGCAAUUUUAUCACACAUUGCACUUGGUGGAAAUCCAUUUUAUUGUGACUGUCAUCUUGCUUGGUUAUCAUCAUGGAUUAAGGCCGAUUUUGUAGAACCUGGCAUUGCUCGAUGUGCUGCUCCACCGCCAAUGACAAACAAACUUCUCCUUACAUCUCCUAUCUCCUUCUUUCAAUGUUACAAUAAAUCUGAAUCGAAUAGCUAUCAAGAAAAAUGCAACUCUUGCUUGAAUAAUACGAACCCAUGUUCUAAUAAUGGUACAUGUCGACUGCUACCCACUGGAAAGUAUGUUUGCGAUUGUUUACCAUCAUUUCACGGCGAACAUUGUGAAAAACUGGUGGAUACUUGUUUUGAUAAUCCAUGUAGACAACAGGGAACAUGUCAUGUACUACUUAAUGGUCGUUACCAAUGUACUUGUUUAGCCGGUUUUACAGGUCGUCAAUGUGAGAUUAAUACAAAUAAUUGUUUUUCCAAUAAUUGUCAAAAUAAUGGAACAUGUAUUGAUAAAAUUAAUGAUUAUUCAUGUUUAUGUUUGCCAUUAUAUACUGGAAAAUAUUGUGAAAAACAAUUAGAUUGGUGUGAUAAGGAUUUAAAUAUAUGUAAAAAUCAAGGAUCUUGUUUACGAACCGAAAAGGGAUACUAUUGCAAGUGUCCAUUGGGUUUUGAAGGAAUAAAUUGUACAGAUAAUAUUGAUGAUUGUUCGAAUCAUACAUGCCAAUUUGGUGUUUGUAUCGAUAAAAUUAAUGGCUACACAUGCAAAUGUCAUAGUGGCUUUAUUGGAAAAUUUUGUGAAAUAACAUCACAACUUAAAUCAUCGCUGCUUCAGAACAAUCAAACGGAAAUUUUAUCAAAAACGUGUACAUCGGAAAUUUGUUCAAACAAUGGCAUUUGUUAUGAGGAUUCAUUAAAUAGAGUUCAAUGUCGUUGUUCACCGGGUUUUAUCGGUGAUCGAUGUCUUACGUUAAAAAGCGUUCAUGCUAAUAGAAAUAAUUCUUAUAUGAAAUUAUCAAAACCAACAAUAUUCCCUCAUCUAAACAUUACAAUGAUGUUCAGUACAAUUCAAAACAAUGGUGUACUCGUUUAUUUUGGACAUAUGGGACAUAUUGCUGCUGAAUUAUUCAUGGGACGAAUACGUGUAAGUUACGAUAUUGGUAAUUCACCGGGCUCAGUCUUAUUUAGUUAUGAUACAGUCAAUAAUGGAAAAAUUCAUGAAUUACAAUUGAUAAGCAUCGGACAAAAUUUUAGUUUGAUUGUCGAUCGAAGCUAUACAAGAUUUAUUAAUAAUCGUGGUAUUAGUACUUAUAUGAAUACAAGCGAAAUAGAUGGCUUGUAUAUAAGCGGUUUACCUAAAGAGUUAACUACUAGAGCCGUUCAAUUAUGGCAUAUUCGUGAAGCAACAUCAUUUAAAGGUUGCAUUCAUGCACUCUAUAUCAAUGAUGAAUCGAUUAAUUUCGCUAAUGUUGAUUAUCGCCAUAAAAUAUUACCUGGUUGUGUAGAAAAUGGCCUAAAUGAACUAUCAUGCACGGCUACAACUUGUCAACAUGGUCGAUGUGAACUUGAUGGUUUUACGUAUAUAUGUAAAUGUUUCGAUGGAUUUACUGGACCCACAUGCAGUGAAGUUUCAACAUCACCCGCUGUAAUAUUACCAUUGAUAAAUUCAUGUGAUUGGAGUAUUGAAACAGGAUAUUAUAUUGACCCGCUAACGAAAUGUAGGAGUACUCGACGUUUACGUAUGACAAAAUGCUUUGGCACAUGUCCAUCUUUAUCAACGAAUGGAACAUUAUCAUCAUGUUGUAAACCGAUCGAAGGCAAACGUCGAUAUUUUCGCAUGACAUGUGCAAGUGGCUUUGCCUAUAGACAAUCAUUAGAAUUUUUUAAAGAAUGUACAUGUACGAAUAGUGUUUGUUAA